CGCUGAUGCUGUCCUUCACCCGAUCUGAAUUCUUCCUGUUUUGGCCAUUUGUCUGCUGGAUCAGAUAAUUAACGUUUAUGCUCAUACAGAAACCAUGAUAACGGGGAGGGGGGGGGGGGGGUUCCGCGCUCUGCUUGCAACUUCAAACGUGGACAAUUUAUUUCCGAUACAGCUCAGCGUAGUUAUUCAACGGAAAAGGGUACACUAGUAACGCUCGUAACAGGACUCUUAAAUUAACAAGUAAAUCCGUCCCCGGUAAGGGCUGUUCACUGUGUGUUACGCAAGGGGUUUAUUAUGAAAAAAUCUGCGAUAAAUCCACUUUUUGUGCCGCGGCCAUGAAUUCAGCUUCCGGAAUUAAGGUCAGAGUGACGCUCCUCCGCUGUGGUUUGCUCCGUUGCUUCACCUUUCCUUUCGGUGACCCGAGGAGGGUGAUUAGAUAAGCCUGGCGCUGCGAGCCGCUGCCUGACCGCCAUAAUGCCUUACAUGAUCGUGAAUAGCCACAGGUGUCGAAGGGAGGUUGCCAAACGUCUUCAGGGUCACGUCUUGGAGGAGCUCAUGCCCUUCGUCAGUGUGCUUCGGCGCCGCUGUUUUUCCUCUGGCGAAGUGUUCCCUGCGAGGGACGGAGGAGCGUCACGGGGCACGGACGGCGGCGGUCUUGCAACAACCUUCCGGCAAAUGUGUUGAAGAAGCGGCAGGUGCGUGGCCUUCAACGUGGCCACGGCAACACGCACAACACAGGUGUCUCGUGCACUGCGAGGCGAGGCGAGGCGGCAGCAGCGAAAACGCGCGACCCAGCCAUCGUCUGGUGAUUCCCGCUGGUGAUUCAGGGCAGAGUCGCCGCCAGACCUUCGUCCUGACCAUGGUCCGCUUCAAGCCCGCGCGGACCCCCGGGGCGCGACGCUUACUAUGUCCCUUAUCCCGCCUGCUGCGCCUGCUGCCCCUGCUUCCCUUGCUGCCUCUGCUCUCCCAGCCCGUCGCUGCCAGUCAGCAUCAGUUUGAGGAUGACGUGGUGUUCUACAAGAAGAGUGGGGAGGGUUGGCUGCGAUGCGUUGCUCACCUCCGCUUUUCUGUGGCGCCGCGGGUGUCUGGCUCUCUGGCGGGGCUGGAAUGUGUCCCGACUACUUGGCACGAGGGGAAGGUCGGCCAAAGCGGCACAGGCACUCACCGGUCUACUGCGGGUUUUGACUGCGAGGAGGUGCACCCUGCGCCUUGGUGGCCUGAGAGCUGGGAUAAGAGGAUCGGGGAAUGCCGGGAAAAGUUGUCCGCCUCCUCCUCUUCUAACUCUUACUUGCAGUCCCCCUCGUCCUCCUUCACAUCCUCGACAAGCCAGAGUAAAUCUUCCUUCCUCGAGUCAGCCAGAGACAGCAGCAGCGUCAGCAGCAGCAGCGGAGGAGAAAGUAAAUCAUCCACCCCUCUCGACUGCCUGUGUGAGGAGAGUGGCUCAAGUUCAUCGCUCAGUCAGGGAUCGAGUGGCGGCUUCGUGACCUCCAGCUCCCAGACGUCCGGCGCAGAAUCAGGGCAGGUCCCACUCUCACGAAGCUCAGGCAGUGCAGCGGAAAGCUCGAAUCUGCCAUCAAGUUCUAAUAGCGCUUUGACGGUCGUUGUUCCAUCAAGCUCAAGUUCCUCCCCAGGACUUAGUGUCAGUGCUUCAUCUCCCAGUAGAUCGUUUUCAGUCAUAGCAAGUUUAACCUCUGUCUCGGCAAGCUCAGCCCCCUCCAGGGUUGAGGGCUCAAGGUCAAGCGUGUCAACUAACUCUGCUCCUCAAGGAAACUCGUAUUCAAGCACCUCAGAAAACUCUGAUUCAGUAACAUCAGGCUCAAUAAGCUCAGCGUUCAAUGAAGGCUUCUCAGCCUCCAGCAGCACCAGCAGCUCAGCGUUCAAUGAAGGCUUCUCAGCCUCCAGCAGCACCAGCAGCUCAGCGUUCAAUGAAGGCUUCUCAGCCUCCAGCAGCACCAGCAGCUCAGCGUUCAAUGAAGGCUUCUCAGCCUCCAGCAGCACCAGCAGCUCAGCGUUCAGUGAAGGUUUAUCAGCCUCCAGCAGCACCAGCAGCUCAGCGUUCAGUGAAGGCUUAUCAGCCUCCAGCAGCACCAGCAGUUCAGCGUUCAGUGAAGGUUUAUCAGUCUCCAGCAGCACCAGCAGCUCAGCGUUCAGUGAAGGCUUAUCGGUCUCCAGCAGCACCAGCAGCUCAGCGUUCAGUGAAGGUUUAUCAGCCUCCAGCAGCACCAGCAGUUCAGCGUUCAGUGAAGGUUUAUCAGCCUCCAGCAGCACCAGCAGUUCAGCGUUCAGUGAAGGCUUAUCGGUCUCCAGCAGCACCAGCAGCUUAUGGUCAAUCUCUGCCGAUAAUUCUAUAUAUGAAGGAAGUCAAUGUUCCAGUAGUGAAGAUAUUUACUCUUCAGUAAUGUCGAGUUCCGCCAGUCAAGGCCCCUCGCCCGCGCUGAGCCGGGUCAGCAGCAGCAGCAGCAGCAGCAGCAUCGGCGGCAGCAGCUCAGACGACUGCCUCUGCUUUGAGUCUUCCAGUUCAACAGGCAGUGGUUCCUUAUCUGAGGUAAGCACUUCGGGUUCGCAGCCAAGCUUUUCCAGUCCAGCCGCCUCGGGCGGCACAACGAGCUCUGCGUCAUCCGGCAAAGCUGGAGCUUCAGUCUCAACACUUGCCUCGAACACAGAUUCAGCGUCAUCUUCCCUGAAUUCAGGACCAUCAUCAGAACCAUCCAGCAGCAGAGAACUUGAAGAAUGCUCAUCCAGUUUUGAAAGAAUCAGCAGCUCAGCACUUUUUAAAAGUUCUCUGGCCUCUUGCAGCACCAGCAGCUCAGCUUUCAGUGAAGGCUUAUCAGCCUCCAGCAGCACCAGCAGCUCAGCGUUCAGUGAAGGCUUAUCAGCCUCCAGCAGCACCAGCAGCUCAGCGUUCAGUGAAGGUUUAUCAGCCUCCAGCAGCACCAGCAGCUCAGCGUUCAGUGAAGGUUUAUCAGCCUCCAGCAGCACCAGCAGCUCAGCGUUCAGUGAAGGUUUAUCAGCCUCCAGCAGCACCAGCAGCUCAGCACUAGCACAGUGUUCCGCUGAGUCAAGCAGCACAGGCUCUAACACUGCUCCCGGAGGAAACUUACUCGGUAAUAGCGUCAGCAGCUCAGCACUCACUGAAGACUUAUCAGCCUCCAGCAGCACCAGCAGCUCAGCGUUCACUGAAGGCUUAUCAGCCUCCAGCAGCACCAGCAGCUCAGCGUUCAGUGAAGGCUUAUCAGCCUCCAGCAGCACCAGCAGCUCAGCGUUCAGUGAAGGCUUAUCAGCCUCCAGCAGCAUCAGCAGCUCAGCGUUCAGUGAAGGUUUAUCAGCCUCCAGCAGCACCAGCAGCUCAGCGUUCAGUGAAGGCUUAUCAGCCUCCAGCAGCACCAGCAGCUCAGCGUUCAGUGAAGGUUUAUCAGCCUCCAGCAGCACCAGCAGCUCAACAUUCACUGAAGACUUAUCAGCCUCCAGCAGCACCAGCAGCUCAGCGUUUACUGAAGGCUUAUCAGCGUCCAGCAGCACCAGCAGCUCAGCGUUCAGUGAAGGUUUAUCAGCCUCCAGCAGCACCAGCAGCUCAGCGUUCAGUGAAGGUUUAUCAGCCUCCAGCAGCACCAGCAGCUCAGCGUUCAGUGAAGGCUUAUCAGCGUCCAGCAGCACCAGCAGCUCAGCGCUCAGUGAAGGUUUAUCAACCUCCAGCAGCACCAGCAGCUCAGCGCUCAGUGAAGGUUUAUCAGCCUCCAGCAGCACCAGCAGCUCAGCGUUCAGUGAAAGCUUAUUAGCCUCCAGCAGCUCAGCGUUCAGUGAAGGUUUAUCAGCCUCCAGCAGCACCAGCAGCUCAGCGUUCAGUGAAGGUUUAUCAGCCUCCAGCAGCACCAGCAGCUCAGCGUUCAGUGAAAGCUUAUUAGCCUCCAGCAGCUCAGCGUUCAGUGAAGGUUUAUCAGCCUCCAGCAGCACCAGCAGCUCAGCGUUCAGUGAAGGUUUAUCAGCCUCCAGCAGCACCAGCAGCUCAGCGUUCAGUGAAGGUUUAUCAGCCUCCAGCAGCACCAGCAGCUCAGCAUUCAGUGAAGGUUUAUCAGCCUCCAGCAGCACCAGCAGCUCAGCAUUCAGUGAAGGUUUAUCAGCCUCCAGCAGCACCAGCAGCUCAGCAUUCAGUGAAGGCUUAUCAGCCUCCAGCAGCACCAGCAGCUCAGCGUUCAGUGAAGGUUUAUCAGCCUCCAGCAGCACCAGCAGCUCAGCAUUCAGUGAAGGCUUAUCAGCCUCCAGCAGCACCAGCAGCUCAGCGUUCAGUGAAGGUUUAUCAGCCUCCAGCAGCACCAGCAGCUCAGCAUUCAGUGAAGGCUUAUCAGCCUCCAGCAGCACCAGCAGCUCAGCGUUCAGUGAAGGUUUAUCAGCCUCCAGCAGCACCAGCAGCUCAGCGUUCAGUGAAGGUUUAUCAGCCUCCAGCAGCACCAGCAGCUCAGCGUUCAGUGAAGGUUUAUCAGCCUCCAGCAGCACCAGCAGCUCAGCGUUCAGUGAAGGUUUAUCAGCCUCCAGCAGCACCAGCAGCUCAGCGUUCAGUGAAGGUUUAUCAGCCUCCAGCAGCACCAGCAGCUCAGCGUUCAGUGAAGGCUUAUCAGCCUCCAGCAGCACCAGCAGCUCGGCGUUCAGUGAAGGUUUAUCAGCCUCCAGCAGCACCAGCAGCUCAGCACUAGCACAGUGUUCCGCUGAGUCAAGCAGCACAGGCUCUAACACUGCUCCCGGAGGAAACUUACUCGGUAAUAGCGUCAGCAGCUCAGCACUCACUGAAGACUUAUCAGCCUCCAGCAGCACCAGCAGCUCAGCGUUCACUGAAGGCUUAUCAGCCUCCAGCAGCACCAGCAGCUCAGCGUUCAGUGAAGGUUUAUCAGCCUCCAGCAGCACCAGCAGCUCAGUGUUCACUGAAGGCUUAUCAGCCUCCAGCAGCACCAGCAGCUCAGCGUUCAGUGAAGGCUCAUCAGCCUCCAGCAGCACCAGCAGCUCAGCGUUCAGUGAAGGCUUAUCAGCCUCCAGCAGCACCAGCAGCUCAGCGUUCAGUGAAGGCUCAUCAGCCUCCAGCAGCACCAGCAGCUCAGCGUUCAGUGAAGGUUUAUCAGCCUCCAGCAGCACCAGCAGCUCAGCGUUCAGUGAAGGCUUAUCAGCCUCCAGCAGCAUCAGCAGCUCAGCGUUCAGUGAAGGUUUAUCAGCCUCCAGCAGCACCAGCAGCUCAGCGUUCAGUGAAGGCUUAUCAGCCUCCAGCAGCACCAGCAGCUCAGCGUUCAGUGAAGGCUUAUCAGCCUCCAGCAGCACCAGCAGCUCAGCGUUCAGUGAAGGCUUAUCAGCCUCCAGCAGCACCAGCAGCUCAGCGUUCAGUGAAGGCUUAUCAGCCUCCAGCAGCACCAGCAGCUCAGCGUUCAGUGAAGGUUUAUCAGCCUCCAGCAGCACCAGCAGCUCAGCGUUCAGUGAAGGUUUAUCAGCCUCCAGCAGCACCAGCAGCUCAGCGUUCAGUGAAGGCUUAUCAGCCUCCAGCAGCAUCAGCAGCUCAGCGUUCAGUGAAGGUUUAUCAGCCUCCAGCAGCACCAGCAGCUCAGCGUUCAGUGAAGGCUUAUCAGCCUCCAGCAGCACCAGCAGCUCAGCGUUCACUGAAGGCUUAUCAGCCUCCAGCAGCACCAGCAGCUCAGCGUUCAGUGAAGGUUUAUCAGCCUCCAGCAGCACCAGCAGCUCAGUGUUCACUGAAGGCUUAUCAGCCUCCAGCAGCACCAGCAGCUCAGCGUUCAGUGAAGGUUUAUCAGCCUCCAGCAGCACCAGCAGCUCAGCGUUCAGUGAAGGCUUAUCAGCCUCCAGCAGCAUCAGCAGCUCAGCGUUCAGUGAAGGUUUAUCAGCCUCCAGCAGCACCAGCAGCUCAGCGUUCAGUGAAGGCUUAUCAGCCUCCAGCAGCACCAGCAGCUCAGCGUUCAGUGAAGGUUUAUCAGCCUCCAGCAGCACCAGCAGCUCAGCGUUCAGUGAAGUUUUAUCAGCCUCCAGCAGCACCAGGAGCUCAGCGUUCAGUGAAGGGUUAUCAGCCUCCAGCAGCACCAGCAGCUCAGCGUUCAGUGAAGGUUUAUCAGCCUCCAGCAGCACCAGCAGCUCAGCGUUCAGUGAAGGUUUAUCAGCCUCCAGCAGCACCAGCAGCUCAGCGUUCAGUGAAGGUUUAUCAGCCUCCAGCAGCACCAGCAGCUCAGCGUUCAGUGAAGGUUUAUCAGCCUCCAGCAGCACCAGCAGCUCAGCGCUCAGUGAAGGUUUAUCAGCCUCCAGCAGCACCAGCAGCUCAGCGUUCAGUGAAAGCUUAUUAGCCUCCAGCAGCUCAGCGUUCAGUGAAGGCUUAUCAGCCUCCAGCAGCACCAGCAGCUCAGCGUUCAGUGAAGGCUUAUCAGCCUCCAGCAGCACCAGCAGCUCAGCGUUCAGUGAAGGUUUAUCAGCCUCCAGCAGCACCAGCAGCUCAGCGUUCAGUGAAGGCUUAUCAGUUUCCAGCAGCACCAGCAGCUCAGCGUUCAGUGAAGACUUAUCAGCCUCCAGCAGCACCAGCAGCUCAGCAUUCAGUGAAGACUUAUCAGCCUCCAGCAGCACUAGCAGCUCAGCGUUCAGUGAAGGUUUAUCAGCCUCCAGCAGCUCAGCGUUCAGUGAAGGCUUAUCAGCCUCCAGCAGCACCAGCAGCUCAGCGUUCAGUGAAGGUUUAUCAGCCUCCAGCAGCAUCAGCAGCUCAGCGUUCAGUGAAGGUUUAUCAGCCUCCAGCAGCACCAGCAGCUCAGUGUUCAGUGAAGGUUUAUCAGCUUCCAGCAGCACCAGCAGCUCAGCGUUCAGUGAAGGUUUAUCAGCCUCCAGCAGCACCAGCAGCUCAGCGUUCAGUGAAGGUUUAUCAGCCUCCAGCAGCACCAGCAGCUCAGCGUUCAGUGAAGGUUUAUCAGCCUCCAGCAGCACCAGCAGCUCAGCGUUCAGUGAAGGUUUAUCAGCCUCCAGCAGCACCAGCAGCUCAGCGUUCAGUGAAGGCUUAUCAGCUUCCAGCAGCACCAGCAGCUCAGCGUUCAGUGAAGGUUUAUCAGCUUCCAGCAGCACCAGCAGCUCAGCGUUCAGUGAAGGUUUAUCAGCUUCCAGCAGCACCAGCAGCUCAGCGUUCAGUGAAGGUUUAUCAGCUUCCAGCAGCACCAGCAGCUCAGCGUUCAGUGAAGGCUUAUCAGUUUCCAGCAGCACUAGCAGCUCAGCGUUCAGUGAAGGUUUAUCAGCUUCCAGCAGCACCAGCAGCUCCGCACUUUCUGAUAGCUCUUUGGCGUCCAGCGUGGUAAGCACCUCUGUUGACGUUGAGGUUUCUGCUUCUGAUAGUGUUGUCAGUUCGUCACUGGGAGCCAGUUCCUCUUCGCUCAGCAGCAGCCUGGCGCCGACAGCUGCCUCGUCCGGCAGUAGUGUCAGCAGUUCUGCCCCGGCCGGAAGCUUCAGUUCUAGUGAUGGUGGCGACAUGACUCCUGAAGGAAGUUCAAGUUCAAUGGUGGCCGGAUCGCCCAGCAGCUCCGGCUCCAGCAGUGGGCGGGGCUCUGUCAGCUCGGCGGGCUCAGGUGUUUCUGCCGUGUCUCCUUCCACCGCCGCCAUGACCACCACCACCACGACCACUCCAACUACCACCACGACCACUCCAACUACCACCACGACCACUCCAACUACCACUACUACUAUCACAACCACUACCACUAACAGGCCUGCGAAUACUUUAGGGCCGUCUAUCUGCGCCGAAGUUAUACUGUCUGAGGACCGAGACUUGAAAACCGUCACCUCGCCCGGCUACCCUAAUCUUUACCCCAACGACUACCACUGCGAAUUCAACGUCACUGCGCCGGAGGAUUACAAGGUGGUCCUGAUCUUCGAGUCGCUGAAGGUGGAGUACAAGAACCGCUGCGCCAAUGACUACGUGCGCGCCGUCAACCUCCAGACAUACCACGGCGUGCAGUUCUGCGGUAACAAGCUCCCGCCCGCCUGGAUGGACUUCGUCUCGGAAAAGAACUUCAUCACUGUUACCUUCCACACCAACGGCGAGAGGCAGUUCAAGGGCUUCAAGUUCAUCGCUACUGCGUUCAAGUCGUAGUGGAAGACACAGCGUCCUUGCCGUCGUUGAAGACCACAUGCAAGAGGAAGAUGACCUCUGAAACGACCCUGCAACUAAUUUGGACUUGCUUGCCGGCCCUCAAGACAUUCUUCAAACUCAGGGGAGGAGUCGAAGGCGUCACCUGCCGACAGAAAAGACAGCUGAGGUGUUUAUCCUUUACUAAUUGUAACACACUAACAUGUAGAGUGGUGGCCUUGCAUACUAACAUUAGAGAGUAGAGAGUAACCUUGAUAUAUAGAUUUGGGGUUAGUUACUUGUAAGAGUCCUUUUUAAUGUACGCAAAAAACAGCAAUUAAUUACCAAUAAUAAUUUGCAUUCUGGAUACUAACCAAGUGUUUCUUACGUGUACAGUAUCCGUAUAUACUAGGAGAUUUACUAAACGUAUAGCGAAGUAGAUGUCUUGUAGAUUUCGUUUAUUAACACUAUAGAGGAAUGCUUACUCUUUAUUUUUUGUAUUAGUUCUGUAGGAAGAUAGCUUUGUAAAUGCAUGGCAUGUGGUUUUCUUGCAAAAUAAUUUACAGAAUGCUAUGCACAUAUAUAUCGGCUGAAUUUAUGAAGGGCUAUUGUGGUUCCCGUAUUUUAAAGGUAAGGGUCCGAUGGAAAUAUAGACAUGCUUUAGGAAGCUGGCGUAGAACCUGUAUAAGUGUGUGCUAAAACUUGUAGUGUUAUUAUCAAUGGCAUCAGAAUGUAUUAAAAGACAAUAGUUUUGGGAAAGUGAGUGUAUUAGGAGAACGCUACCAGGCAAAAGUUACUAGUGUGAAAUAAUAUUACUAAGCAAAUAAGUGUACGAAAAGACAGUUUUGUGAACCGUCUUUCUGCUCAAGCUAAAAGUUAUACAAGUGUGUUAAGAGAAUACCUCCCAAACAACUCCACCUUUCCUUUCCCCGUGAAAUAUAAGCUUAUAGUAUAUUCUUAAACGUGUCGGCGCCUCAAUUCGCCUGUUGCUGGAAAAAGGUUCGUCCCGUCAAUAUAACCCUCCCCUUCAACACGGCCCUGCUCACACGUUGUCUGCCACGCUCUGUCAAGGUAUAAGAGUGAUCAGUUAUAAUGUCAUAUCAGAAUCCACCUCAGACCGAGCAAGAUUUCGCCGGUAGAGAGUUAAGAGAUUGCCCUACUAACCCUCCCCUUCAACACGGUCCUGCUCACAACGUUGUCUGCCACGCUCUGUCAAGGUAUAAGAGUGAUCAGUUAUA